AUGGUUUUGGUGGUGCUCGUGUUUGCGUCUGCCCUCUCUGUGGCCACCUUCGCCCUGGAAAAUGGACUGAUGAGGACCCCUCCGAUGGGCUGGUUGGCAUGGGAACGAUUCCGCUGUAACACUGAUUGUGAUAGUGACCCCCAAAACUGUAUUAGUGAGAACCUGUUCACCGACAUGGCAGACAGGCUCUCAGAGGACGGUUGGAGGGAGCUUGGAUACGUCUACGUGAACAUAGAUGACUGCUGGUCCUCCAUGGAGAGAGAUGAGAAGGGACGGCUGCAGCCUGACCCGGAGAGGUUUCCGGGUGGCAUCCCUAAACUGGCACGCUACAUGCACGACAGGGGUCUCAAGCUGGGGAUCUACGCGGACAUCGGCAGCGUCACCUGUGAAGGCUACCCCGGCACCCCACUGGACAAGAUCGAGACAGACGCUCAGACUUUUGCUGACUGGGAGGUGGAUAUGCUUAAAUUUGACGGCUGUCAUUCUAAUGCCACAGAGCAGGAGCAGGGUUACCCUCUCAUGUCAAAGGCUUUAAAAGCUUCGGGCCGUCCCAUUGGCUACUCCUGCAGUUGGCCCGUCUACCAAGAUUGCCUGCCACCUAAGGUAAACUACACUCAGCUGGGCGAGCUCUGCAACCUGUGGCGUAACUACUAUGAUAUCGAGGACUCUUGGGACAGUGUCCAGGGUAUUAUUGACUGGUUCUUUGACCACCAGGAUGUCCUGAUACCUGUAGCUGGACCUGGAAGGUGGAACGACCCUGAUAUGCUGAUUAUUGGCAACUUUGGCCUCAGCAUGGAUCAGUCUCGUACUCAGAUGGCUCUGUGGGCGAUUAUGGCUGCUCCUCUUUUCAUGUCCAAUGAUCUGCGCACUAUCAGCAGCGGGGCCCGCAGCAUCCUGCAGAACAAGAUGGCCAUCAGCAUCAACCAGGACCCCUUGGGCAUCCAGGGAAGACGUAUUGUGAAGGAGAAGAGUGGCAUUGAGGUGUUCUGGCGCCCCCUGUCAAACAACGCCAGUGCAUUGGUAUUCUUCAGUCGCCGUAAUGACAUGCCCUACCGCUACCAGACUUCCCUCAGAAGACUCAACUACACCACUGGCAUCUACAAGAUCUUUGAUGUCUUCACUGAAAAGACCAUGAUGCUGAAAGGCUCCACUGACUUUGUGGUGUCGGUGAACCACACUGGUGUGGUCAUGUGGUACGUCUCUGUGCCCGCCGAGCUGAACCUUGGCCAGUUCUAUUAA